GGUGGGGGAGAGACGAUUUUGUGUUAGACUUAGUUUGAAUUUUAUUGAACUAUUUUUUAUAUUGUUGGUGAAUGGUGAUGAAUUUGGGGAUUUGGGAAAUUUGAGAACUUAGUAGAUUAAAAUUGUUUGAACAAUAUUCAGGAUGAAUCUUAACCGGGAAUGGAUGUAUACAUGAUAUCGUGCUGAUCGCAGUUUAAGUUUAGAUUUUUUGGCUGGAUUAGAAUCGUUUAUUGAAUUUGCAACCAAUCAGCCAAGAUUUAUGGAUGGAGAUAAGAUUAAGUGUCCUUGCAAGAAAUGCAAAAACAUACCUUAUCAACCCCAGUUUGUAGUUCGACUCCACGUUGCCCAAAAUAAAUUUAUACCCAAUUAUCAUAUUUGGAAGUUUCAUGGGGAAACCUCAGAGAAUGUGACUAUUUCGACUGCUGAGCGAACAAAUACGUAUAGGACGAUGGUGAUGGAUGCUGCUGGUCCUACUUUUACAAUGGAAUACACAGAAGAGCCCCCACAUCCUGAAGCUAAUUUUUUUUUCGAUAUGUUGAAAGCCGCCGAUAAAGAAUUAUGGCCUGGUUGUGAGACACAUACACAAUUGUCUCUUGUUGCUCGUCUGAUGGCAUUGAAAUAUGAAAAUAAUCUAUCAGAGAAGUGUUUUGACCAAAUCUUGCAAUUAAUGAAGUAGAUAGUACCCAAAGAUAAUCUAGUGCCCAAAAACUUCUAUGAAACCAAGAAGUUGUUGCGUGGAAUGGGUUUACAUGUCGAGAAGAUAGAUUGUUGCACCAACAAUUGCAUGAUUUACUGGGGCGAUGAUAGUGCAUUGGUUGAGUGCAAAUUUUGUCAGCAACCACGAUACAAGAACAUCAAUGAAGAUCGCCGGGGAAAACAUAAGACACAAUUGGCGGUUAAAAAAAUGUUUUAUUUUCCCCUAACUCCUCGACUUCAGAGACUUUAUGCAUCUAAUGCUACAACAAAAGAAAUGCGCUGGCAUGCAUCACAUGUAGAGGAUGGUGUGAUGAGGCAUCCUUCAAACUCAGCUGCAUGGAAACAUUUGGAUGUUACUUUUCCUACAUUUGGAUCUGAAAGUCGUAAUAUAAGAUUGGGUGUUAGUACAGAUGGAUUUCAACCAUUUGGUCAAUCUGGCCAACAAUAUUCUUCGUGGCCUGUUAUUUUAACACCAUACAAUCUACCUCCAUGGAUGUGUAUGAAGGAACAAUAUAUGUUCCUAACUGUUUUAGUGCCAGGGCCACGCAAUCCUAAAGAGAAAAUUGAUGUUUUUCUACAACCACUCAUAGCAGAGUUGAAAGAGCUGUGGGAAGUGGGAGUAAAGACAUAUGAUGUUUCCCUGAAGAAUAAUUUUCAAAUGCGAGCUGCUUUGCUUUGGACCAUUAGUGAUUUUCCGGCGUAUUCCAUGUUGUCUGGUUGGAGUACUGCUGGAAGAUUAGCGUGUCCACAUUGCAAGAGUGAAAGUGAAGCUUUUACUCUAUCAUGCAGUGGUAAACAAUCUUGGCUCGACAAUCAUCGAAAGUUCUUACCUCCUAAUCACCCUUUUCGUAAAAAUAAAAGGGCAUUUUUGAAGAAUAAGAUUUGUACUGCUUGCCCACCUGAAGUAAGAUCAGGAUUUGAGGUUUUGAAUGAAGUAGAGAGAUUCGGUCUUAAGAAAGUGACAGAGUUGGAUGGGGUUGAAACAAAUAUCCACAUCUCUAAGCAAACUCAAUGUGGUUGGAAAAAAAGAAGCAUAUUUUGGGAUCUGUCCUAUUGGAGUUCUUUGUUAAUUAGACAUAAUCUCGGUGUUAUGCAUAUAGAGAAGAAUGUGUUUGACAAUUUGUUCAACACUGUGAUGAAUGUUCAGGGAAAGACAAAGGACACUCCAAAGUCUCGAGAAGAGUUGAACAAAUAUUGUUUUAGACCAGAGUUGAUGAAAAGUGGAUCACUUGCAAAGUACCCAAAAGCUUGUUACACACUGGACAAUGCUGAAAAGAAGGUGUUGUGUGAAUGGUUGAGAGAACUGUGAUUUCCAGAUGGGUAUGUAUCAAACAUGAGUAGAUGUUUGGAUAUGAAGAAGUUGAAGAUGUUUGGGCUAAAAAGUCAUGAUUGUCAUGUGUUAAUGCAACGAAUAUAGCCCAUUGCAUUUCGUGAGCUUCUUCCACUACAUGUGUGGAAAUCAAUUACUGAUUUGAGUAUCUUUUUUAGAGAUUUGACAUCUACUAGCAUUACCGUUGAUGACAUGUGUCGGCUACAUGAAAACAUUCCAAUAAUUUUAUGUAAGCUUGAGCGCAUUUUCCCUCCAAGCUUCUUUGAUUCAAUGGAGCAUCUACCUGUCCAUUUAGCCGACGAAGCUCGAAUUGCCGGACCAGUACAAUAUUGUUGGAUGUACCCAUUUGAAAGGUAUUUGCGAAAGUUGAAGAAUAAUGUGAGAAAUAAAUCGCGAGUUGAAGGUUCCAUUUGCAAUGCUUAUCUAGUGGAGAAGGAUUCAACGUUCUGUUCGUAUUAUUUUGAGGAUUAUGUGAGUACGAGGCAUAGAAAUAUACCACGUAAUUUUGAUGGCAGUAAUGCUUCACAUGACGAUCAUCUAGAUAAUCUAUCAAUUUUCAAGCAAGUUGGUUGAAGUUUUGGGAAGAUGUCAGAGAUAUUUGACAGACGAAGAGUAUGAUGCUGCUCAUAUAUACGUUUUACUCAAUUGUGAGGAAGUUGCAACAUAUAUAAACUUAUUCGUUGAAGAAAUGGAAGUUGCAUAUCCAACAAGAACAAGAUCUGAGAUCGAUAGUAUGUUGGAUAAAGACUUCGCAAAAUGGUUCUUCACAUAUGUACAAAAUCCUGCAAAUAAUAUCGUCAACACUUACUUGCGUGACCUAUCUAAGGGGCCAUUGCGAGAAGUGAAGACAUAUCAUGGAUAUUAUGUAAAUGGAUACAAAUUUCACACUUUGACUCAUGGGACACGGAGAGCGACAAUGAAUAGUGGAGUUUGUAUAAAGGGUCGAACUUUAGUGCAACCGAAAGUGACUUCUAUGGGAGGUUGUUGGAAGUAUUUGAAUUAGAAUAUCCAGGCCUACCUAUUAAAAAGACCACAUUGUUCAAAUGUGAGUGGUUUGAUAACUCAUCAUCGGGUACAUUGGUGCAUCCUGAUUUCAAAUUGGUUUCUAUAAACCAUCGACGUAGGUAUCCAAAAUACGAGCCAUUUGUCUUAGCUAAGCAAGUCAUUCAAGUGUUUUUUUGUUCGUAUCCGAGUUUAAAUCGAAGACAAAAAGAUUGGUGGGAAGUUUGCAAAAUUAAAGCUAGACCAAAAGUUGAAGUUCCUUCCCAAUUAUCUCAUGCUUUCCAAGAGGAUGAAUUGGAUAGCCAUAGAACCCCACUUAUAGAUGAUGAUCCGAUUUCAAUUCAUCCAAGUGGUGGUACAGUAGAUAUUGAAGAUGACGAUCAAGAUGAAACCGAAGAAGAGGUUGACUUGUCUGAUGAAGAUAAUGAGGAGGAGGAUAAUGAUUUAAGUGAUUCUGACAAUGAUUAAUGAGUGGAGGAGGGACUUCGUCAUCACGAGUCUCGGCCAGUUCUUCAGGAUCUGCAGCUGAUGAUGGUGGUCGUGUGGAGUUGACUUUCGGCGAGGGGGACUUUAUGUAUCCAUAUCAUGCCGUUCCAACCACAAUCACAAACAGUUUUAAAACCAACAUGGAUCAUGAUGGCUGGACAUGGAGAGCAGUGCCGGAUGCAACGAAACAGGAUUACUGGGCUAAAUUUAAGAAAGUGUAUUGGUGGAAGGAUGACCUCACUGAUGAGGCGGUAUACGCUAGGUGGUAUGCCAGGGCUACUGUUCGUUAUAAAGAUAUGAUUCAUAAAAUGAAGAAGGGCAGACCUGAGCGACCUCCUUGGAUGAGGCAGAAUGUGUGGGAAAAGUGGUUAGAAUAUUGGAACAAGGAUGAAGUGAAGGCUAAGGCAGCCAAAGCACAAAAGAAUAGGAUGUCUGAGCCUGAUGGGCCUGGUACUGGUAUUUCCAUCCAUAGAGGAGGGUCGAGAAAUGCCCUACAGCAGCAUGCUGUAGUACUGAGAGAACAAGGAGUUCCAGCUGAAGAAGUGGACUGGAGUAUCUUCAAUGUCUUGCAUGCGAAGGCUGGAGAAUUCACCUAUCCCAGAGCUCGAGAUGCAUACGCCCAAGUGACUGCCAAGACUGCAGAGCUAGCUCAAUCUCAGUUAAAUGAUGGCUCUGAGUCUCAGGAGGUAGACAUGAACAGGUUACUACUGGAUGCAGUUGGAGGCGUAUCGGCCAAGAAGCGAGUUUUUGGGAUUGGUUCACGUUCUCAUGCUUACACCUCCACCUCUAGAUCCAAUCAAGGAGCCAGUUUUAGCUCACAGCCUCAGCUUGAUGCAGUUUUAGCCGAUAAGAUGAAGGAGUACGAGGCUCAGAUGCAGGCUAAGAUGGAGGCUAGAGAGGCGCAGAUACGAGAGGAGGCACAAGCUAGAGAGGCUCAGAUGCGUGCAGACGUACAGGCACAGUUGCAGGCACAGAAAGCCGAGUUCAUGAAGCUGCUAGCUGAGAUGAGGAAUCUACCACCCCCUUGAUUAUGUUUGUUUUAGGAACUUGAAUCUAUUUUGCUAGGUGCUAACUUAACUAGAAUUUGGAUUGUUAGAUACUUUGUUGAUUAUCGUUGACUAUUUGGAUUGUUGGAUACUUUGUUGAUUA